AUGCACAUGAGGGACUUGGAUCCAACUAUAGUGGCCAUCUUCGGUCAACCUCCUGCCCACAUCGAUCUAGCUGAAAGUCAAGUACGUCGAGACAAUGCAGCCGUGAUUGUUCUGCUGGUUCUCAGCAUAAUUGCAGUGGGUCUCCGGUUCAUCGCGAGACUGGCCGUGCGGAAUCCUUUUCGACUGGACGACUGGUUGAUUCUGGCGUCCCUGGUUUUUGUCGCAGCCACAGCAGGUCUAAGUCUAGCAGGCGGUGCAUUUGGCGCUGGAAAACAUGUAUGGGCAGUAUCUCUGGCCGAUGUGUCAACUAUCUUCAAGAUCCUGUUCACAUACACCUUUAUGUAUGCUGCCGGAUGUUCAGCAUAUAAACUCUCGAUCCUUUUCUUCUACCGCCGGAUCUUUGUGGUUGUUCACCAGCCCCUCUCCCUCCGAAUCUCCGUUUCGCUUGGAUUUGUGCUCGCGCUCUCAUACCCUGUUAUUGUCUGGGUGGCCAUGGGAAACUGCUGCAAACCGCUGUCCUAUUUCUGGAAUCAGUUCCAAGGUGCGUCGGGAACGUGCAUUGACACUGACACAUUCUUUCUCGCAACCGGAAUCAUUAACAUGAUCAACGACAUUAUAAUCCUUAUCAUUCCCUUUCCACAAAUGGCAAAGCUCCAAAUGAACCGCCGGAAGAAGAUUGCUGUGUGCCUAAUUCUUGCGUUGGGUAGCUUCGUUUGCGUGGCCAGUGCCGUGCGCAUAUAUGUUCUAUAUCGAUUCACCCAAGCUCGUGAUAUUACUUGGAUGAUGGGACCGCUGUUCAUCUGGUCCAGUAUUGAACCAUCCGUAGCUAUUGUUUGCGCCUGUCUCCCUCAUCUCGGACCACUGGCGCGUCUCACCCGCAAUCGGAUACUGUCCAGUCAAGGAAGCAAAGGCAUUCAAUUCCCCUUCUCUGGGUCUCCAUAG